AUGAGGGCUGUUAUGGAUCAUUCUUUCUCUGAAUUCUUACUGCGGAUAGGUGAGGGACGCGAACCAGAAGACGAAGAUGGCAAAAUAUCUUUAUGUAAGGAUAUGACAAUCCCUUAUGAUGGAAAGGAGGCUUCUCUUAAUAGGUUAAUCGAAUCUAUUUUUGGUGAUCUAAAUGUGUAUUCUUCGAAUCCAUAUCAGAUGAUUAAUCGGUGUAUUCUAUCAGGAACAAAUAAUGCUGUUGAUGAUGUUAACCAGCUCAUUAUUGAUAGAUUUCCUAGAGAUCCGCAUACUUAUGUAAGUUCUGACAGAACUCUUAACGAAAGAGAUCAAGGAGACUAUGAAGACUUUCUCAAUUCUUUAAAUCCAAAGGGGUUACCACCUCAUAAGUUGAUCUUGAAAGAGAACUGUCCAAUUAUUCUGCUCAGAAACUUGAACCCAAUGGAGGGCCUUUGUAAUGGUACCAGGCUUAUAUGUAGAGAGCUGCGCCACAACACUAUUUGUGCAGAGAUUGCAGUGGGUCAAUACCGUGGUAAAAGAGUCUUCCUGCCAAAGAUUCCUCUCCAAACUUCUGACAGCGAAAAGAAUGGCAUCCCCUUUAAGAGAACUCAAUUUCCUGUCAAGUUAUGUUUUGCAAUGACGAUUAACAAGUCUCAGGGGCAAACUCUGGAUUAUGUAGGGAUUUAUUUGCGCGAGCCUGUUUUCUCUCACGGCCAGUUAUACGUUGCCAUUUCUCGUGCAAAAAGUUCAUCUGCAGUUAAAGCACUGAUAGUUCCAGCAACAUAUCGCGGCGUAGUUACUGAGUGCAAAACUAGAAAUGUUGUCUUUCAUGAAGUUCUUGAAUUAGCUAGACAGUAG